UAGACUAGCAUGUCCGUAUGUUUUAUUGAUGAGUCAUCUAUGCAAAUCAAACAUAAGAGCAGAUAAAGAAACAUAACAUGUACUAUGAUACCAGAACUGUUAAUAAAGACUUUUAAUAUCUCCUUAAGUUUGUUCUCCCUUUUUUCUUUUCCUUAAAAAUAAUAAACUGUUUCUAUUUAUUUUUCUGCCUUUUGUUUUUACACAGAAUUCUAAUGGAGCAUUCUCUUCCCCCUUUUUUUGUUAAAGAUAAUAAUAUACAUCCUACGACUAUCAUUGAUGAUGAUUGCACGAGCAGUAUCAGCAAUCAUACUAUCAAUUGCUUCUUAACCAAUGACUCAACUUACUUGUUACCGCAUAGCAAUAUCAAAGACUACAAAUCAAUAAAGUUUAGUGUAGAUAGUGAUGACGAUAGUAGCAGUCGAGUUUAUUUUAAUUCUUCUCGGCGAACAUCUGCGAUUCCUUCAGACAUCAUUGUAGAUAGUGAGUCUAACACAAAUAGUUGGCUGCUCAUUAGCAACCGCUCAAAAUAUUAUAUACCAAUUCUCCAAUGGAUCCCGCACUACACAAGGAAUGACUUCACUCAAGAUUUACUUUCCGGUUUAUCUCUGUCGGCACUUUUCAUCCCACAAGCUUUAUCAUACGCAACUGGUCUUUGUAAGAUACCGGCUAUUCACGGAUUAUACACCAUCACAGUCACCACCAUAAUUUAUGCCUGCUUAGGCACGUCAUAUCAGUUAUCAGUCGGACCUGAAGCCUCCGUCUCGCUGAUGAUCGGAUCUGGCAUUACGUAUCAUCAAGCCAUGAUGAAACAAUCACUAGAACCUGAAGCAGCAGCAGCCAUCGCGAGCCUCAUGGCGCUAUUUGUUGGUCUCUUUACAUUUAUCUUGGGUAUUUUAAGAUUUGGAUUCCUUGACAGCUUAAUGAGUAGAUCCCUAAUGAGAGGCUUCAUCACUGCUGUCGCUGUUGUUGUAUUCAUGCAGCAACUCAUUGUGCUACUUGGCCUCGGCAGCAUUGCACAACGAUCAGGGCUUAUGCCGGAUUCGAGCACACUGCAACGCGCUAUAUUUUUAUUCAAUCAUUUUGAAGAGUACCAUCCAGUAACCACAUUGAUGUCAGCCAGUGUAAUCACAACAUUAAUUAUAUCACCCUGCAUAAAACGUUGGUGGAGAGGGAAAAGGGGAGGAAAAGUUAUCCGACGCAUACCCGAAGUACUGCUCGUCACUGUCGUCACCACGGUUUUGUGCAAAGUGUUCCGAUUGGAUCAAACUGGGCUCGACAUUUUGGGAACUGUAGGCAGAUCAGAUACCGUUGUACAUGCUCCCUUACCGACACCACGGAUACCGUCAAUUCCUGCCAAUGUCGAUUUUAAUGCAAUCAUCGCCAACUCCAUUAUUAUUAGCAUCAUCGGCUUUGUAGAAUCAAUCGCAGCAGCAAAAUCUUUUGCUAGAAGACAUAACUAUUUUGUGAGCUCAAACAGAGAACUUGUGGCGCUUGGGGUUGCAAACAUUGUGGGAAGCCUCUUUCAGGCCUUUCCUGCAUUCGGUUCAUUUCCUAGAAGUAAGCUUCAUGAAUCAGUCAAGCCAAAGACACAAAUGUCGAGUCUGCUGUCGGGCGUGAUUUGCAUCAUUGUGACCAUGCUCUUUUUGCCUUAUCUCUAUUUUUUACCGCAUGCAACGUUGAGCGGUAUCAUUCUUAUGGCAGUUAUUGCUCUCUUAAAGGAGCUACCUCACGAUCUAAAGUUCAUGUGGCGCGUGCGCGCAUGGAAGGAUAUUGUAUUAAUGGUUGUUACGUUUUCAGCAACUGUGCUGUUUUCCUUGGAAAUUGGAACAGCCAUAUCCAUUGUACUUAGUCUUCUUGCUACCAUCAAACAGUCAAGUUGUCCUCGUAUCACUGUUUUAGGCCGAGUCAAAGAAACAUCUUAUGAUUUUAAGCCAAUACAAGGCUCAAGAGAAGAAAUAGAACAUCUAAAGGAUAUUUUGAUAGUUAGAAUAGAAGAACCUUUGAAUUUUGCAAAUGCAGUUCAAUUGAAAGACAGGAUUACAAGGUUGGAAAAAUUUGGUGAUAUGGCAGUUCAUCCAUCCGAACAGCCUCGUAGGAAUAACCUGUUAUAUAUCAUUCUAGACCUUGGCGGUAUGGCUUCGAUAGACGCAAGUGCUGUACAAAUGCUAUAUGAAACUAUUCAAUCCUAUCACAAACAAGGAGUACAGGUGCUCCUGGCCAAUGGUUGUUCUAAUGCCAUAGCAUUACUUGAUCGUGCUGGUGUAUUGGAGCUUGUUGGACCGCAUUUAUUAUUUGAUAAUGUAAAAUGUGCCAUUCAAUCCAUUGAACAAAACAUGUUUUACACGACCUUUCCAAAUAGUUUGGCGCUUGAAUAUUCUCUAACAUGUUAAAUUUUAUUGUGCGAUACAUGUAUUAAAAAAAGUCAUUGAAGUAUCAA